GCUGUUGGUAUUUGUCGACGCGCGUAUGAGACUUGCCAUGAGCCGCGGCGCGGCAAACCGCAGAAAAAUGCCGCUCUGCGUCCCUUGCGCAGCGUUGCUAUUGCAUGGAUCCCAUUCCAGUAUCCCAGAUCUACAUGGUCUCCCCAUGGGGCAAGAGCAGGAUCGCGUCCUUGAUGGCCAACCACACACGAUCCCCUUCCCGAAUGGGCUUUGCGCUGUCCAGCGUCUGCAAUUCGCAGAGCCAGAUAAGCGCAGCAGUGGGCCCGCCAGCCGCCCGCCGCCCGAGCAGUCGAGCUUGCUGGAGGUUGGGCAGACUCUUGCAAUCAAGGCCGGGCCUAGCAGAGCGGACCAAAGUUGUCACGCAGAGAUGCAACUUGGGUUGGCACACAUUCUCUCUGCAGACUGCAGAAGGAUGUCUCUGUACCCUUGUGAGUCUGUGAGUCUCCUCAUGUAUUCGGUUCGCUCUCCCCUUGCAGCGAGGAAUGGGAGGAUCAGGGAAGGCGCCCAGGCUUCGGAGUCAAACACUGUCUCACUGCCUCUCAGGGACAGUUUCGGCCGGGGUUUGGGGGGGGGCGUCAACCUGGCAUUACUCGUGUCGUUCCGCCAGGCAAGACGAUGCUGAAGCAGCGAAGUCAACAAACUAGGGUUCUCGGGCUCCCCCCCCCCACUUCCGCCUGCUCCAUUCCAGUGGGCCUAUAAAUAGUAUACAUGCAAUAGUAU